AGGUUACCUUUUAAAUUUAGUGUAUAGCAGCUGAUAGUACAUGGCCAUUCCUUAUGUUUUUAUAUUCGAAAGGAAAUAAGUUCUAUCACCUAGGUAGCAGAAGACACCUUUAUCUCAAUGUUGUGCUUUUCUAUGACAGAAGAGUAUCUUGGCUGUGAUUAGUAGUUGCUAGUGUUUUUGUUUGUUCUCAUAAUUUAGAGUGGUUUGUGUGUCUGCUAAGUCAACGUCAAGCUGUCUCCUAAUGUUUCGGAGGCUGCAACGAGUGUUUAAACUGUGCAUAAGAUUAAAGCUUGAGUGUCCUUAGCUGACAUGACACUCGAAGAUCCAUUUUUUGUUGUGAAAGACGAGGUGUGCAAGGCGUUGAACAAGACGCGAGGGCUGUACCGCCGCUACUCGGAGCUGCACGACGACCCCAGCAACUGCUUGUCCAAGGACGAGCUCGACUGGACGACCACAGAGCUACGCAACGCCCUGCGCAGCAUCGAGUGGGACCUGGAGGACCUGGACGACACCAUCGGAAUCGUGGAGAAGAACCCCAGCAAGUUCAAGAUCGACAACAAAGAACUGAGUGCUCGCAGGAACUUCAUAGAGCAGACGCGAGACGAGGUGAAGACCAUGAAGGAAAAGAUGAACAUCUCCAGGGGGCGAGACCGGGACAGGACGGCCCGCCAGCCCCUGCUGGAGAACAGUCCGGCGAGGGUUCCCUCCAGCCACGGCACCACCAGGUACUCCAAGCUGGAGAACGAGCUGGACAGCCCCAACAGGCAGUUCCUGGACAGCACGCUGCAGCAGCAGGGCGGGAUGCUGCGAGCCCAGGACGACCAGCUGGACCUGAUCAGCGACUCCGUGGGCACGCUGAAGACCGUGUCUCGCCAGAUCACCAGCGAGCUGGACGAGCAGGCCGGGAUGCUGGAUGAGUUUGGCAACGAGCUGGAAAACACAGACUCCAAGAUAGACUCCACCAUGAAGAAGGUCGCCAAGGUGCUACACAUGUCCAAUGACCGGCGGCAGUGGAUAGCCAUCGCGGUCCUGACGCUCAUCAUGAUCAUUGUGAUAUUCCUGUUCAUCUUCACCUGAAGCGUGGACGCCCGCGUGCUGGGACGUCCCUUCCUUCCUUCCUUCGCUGUCUUCGCUGUCGUCAGUGCCAUGUGCAUCCCCCGGUUUCAUCAUUCCAACAACCUGUUUCAUUAGGCAGAACAUACAUACAUAUGUACAGUGGAUUUAUAUUGUGCUGUAAUAUUUGUGUAUAUGAUUUUUAAAACUUAAGUAAAAAAUAGUUUAGUUUACGUGAACAUAGUUACUGGAAUUCAGACAUUUUGUAGCUUUUGAAAUUAGCUGCAUGCCUAUAUACAUCUGUAUUGUGAAAAAAAAGGCCAUAAUAAGUCUGUAUACUAACUAUAUGAUACUUUGUAAAAGUUAUUGCUCAAUAUAGUUGAUGAUGUACAUGAGCAAUGCGUAUAUAGUGUGUCCAAGAUCUCAACAUCAGGUUUAUAACAGUACAGCUGAUAAUUGUACAGCACUGACCACUCUUUAAAAUGAAGUCAUGUUGCAUCAAAGAAUUUGUGAAACUGUCCUUUCUGAGGCGAUGUAGAGCGUGCAUUGAGACUAAUAGCAAACAGCUGAACAUAUUCAUUAAUUUAAUAAAAUAAUUUCAAUUAUCCAUGGUACAUUUCGAAUGUCACUAUCUUUCUCAUUUUAACUCACAUCAAAUGGCCUCGUUGUCUGUGUGACACAAAUUUCAUUGGAGCUUUGAAUAGUGUUUAUUGUUUUAUCUAUCACAGUGUGGAAAUUAUUGUGCAAUUUGGUAUUUUUCCAAAAAUUCUAUUUUUAUUUUUUUUUUAAUAUUUGUCAGUGUUUUACCAUUUGAUAUCUUUCUUGAUUGAGUGAUCUUUUAAAAUAACUUGCCAUGUGAGCAUCCUAUAAUUUUUUUUUACAUUAUAAAUAGUCAAAGUUACCAGAUUAAAAACAUUUGGUGCAUAAGUUCUACAAAGAUAUAAUUUUUUUCCUUCAAAAGUAUAGUAUGUUUGAUUGUAUUUUGAGUUGUUAUCAAUAUAAGAGUUAUUCAGGAUUGUGUAGGAAAAUUAAAGUAGUAUAAUGUGAAAUUUUGUUGUCAUAGUGUCCAAUAAUUUGGUGCAUGGUGGAGAUUUUAAAAACUUUUUUAAAGAACUUGAAAACUAUGACACUUUUGUGGUGUUUCAUUCAGAACUGUUAAUCAACAGUUCUUGGCUUGAUGUUGAGUUCUGAGACAUUCUGUAUGUAUUUAUGGUCGGUUGUUACUGUGUUUGUAUAGUGUGUAAAUACAAAAAAAUGGAAUAAUGGCUUUAAGUUUUUUUUUUUUUUUUUUUUUUUUUUACUGAUACAAAACCUGAAAAUUGGUGAUAAGAUUCUUCUAUUUAUCAUCUGUACAUGAUUCUGUCCCAUUUUAAAAUCAUCAUUUCCAAGGGUUUGUAGUUAGUAGACAAGCUAACUGUGUUGUACCGGGGUGCGAGAUCAUUCGGCUGGUGCCAUCGCAGGCUUGUUCGUCUGACUUGGCAGAUUGUCUCCUUUCAUUGUUCAAGUCGUGAGAGAUGCAGUUGUGCUUGGUAGAUACUUGCUUGAUGACGGACCGUCGAAGUGUCACCUCGGUGCUGGCUGAGCCGCCCUGUGGACGUAGCCCCGACGUGGCCAGGAGUUCCUGAACGGGUGCCCGAGUCAGGUGUAUUUAAUUUCAUUGGUUUUUAUAGAGUUUUGACAACUGUAAAACCAUGGAACUAGAUUCCUGUUGCUUGCAGUCAAUCAGUUGCGCAACAUGACACAUGUUAAAAUUGAAUUGAGACUUACGUGAGUUUCGCUGUCCGUGUUCGUGUAAGUAUUCUCAGUUUGUAGUAGCAGUGCGAGGCGCGAGCGCUCGGUCGGGUGUUCGUUACGACUAGGCGUCGCCUCGCUUGCGUUGUGGAGCAGAAUACACUGUUCAGGCGUGUCUGUGCGCUGCAGAAACUCCGUCCACCGUGCGAACAACUGUCCCGUCAGCUCCCCGGUGACAUCUGGCUGCAAGCAGCACUCGGACCUCCGGGCCGGUGGCUACGACUAGUGGACCAAGUAGGCUCUAGAUAAUGUACCAGGUUUCAGUAUUAUCAAUUUCAGUUCUUACUGUUGCUUCAUUGUGAAUUAUUGUCAUACCUGGUAGCUUAUUGUGCAGCUAUAACAGUGUGUAUAGUUUUGUGGACUUUAUAUAUUAAUUGUAUGAAAUAUUUGUGAUCAUAUUGUGAUUUGGUUUGUAGGAAGUGGAUUUAAAAUAAUGUUAUGUAACAGUAUAAGGUUGUAUGUUUUUAUUGCUUGGGUUUGUUUGUUGUGGUGUUAUGUGGUGAAAUAUCAUGUAAGUUUGUACGAGCUUAAAAAGUUCAGGUGUGUUUAUAGAUUUGAGGGUAACUGUGAGACUCCUCAGCCCCGUCUCUGAUCAGCAGGAGCUGCCAGGCACGUUGCCCCGAGCAGUCUCGCAGUCUCGCAGUCUCGCAGUCUCGAGUAUCUGCCGGCGGCAAGCUGUGUGACACUCCUCCGUAGUCGCUGCGUUCUUGUUUCCGUUCUUUGGCUUUGUCUAUAGACUUUGUUGCAUUGUAGAAUUAAAUAAUUGUCCAGUUAUGCAAGACCGUAACACUAAAUUAUAUCAGGAGCAAUCAUUUAAAAAAGUAAUAUGUUCCAAUCAUCAACUUUCACCACUAGCGGACAGUAAUUGUGUUUUCUUUUGUAUGCGUGUGUCUAAAGGCAUUAUUUUAACAUUUUUUUCAUAAUAAUACAUUGGAAUAUUAAAAAUAAAUCAUCAAAGAGAUACUAUUCAAUAUACAAACAUGACAUGUUAUAAAGCCGAAGGAACUGAGUAGGUGCCUCUGCAGCGGCUUGUCUUACAAGUUAAUAAAAAGUUAAUUGAG